CAAUGGCAAGGAAGAGCAAGGGACGACAAAAGAUCCAAAUGACAAGAAUGUCAAAAGAAAGCAACUUACUUGUUACUUUCUCAAAGCGUCGUUCUGGACUAUUCAAGAAAGCAUAUGAGCUCCAUACCUUAUGUGGUAUUGAGAUCGGGAUAAUCGUUUUUUCUCCGGGAAAAAAGGUAUUUUCAUAUGGCCAUCCAUGUCUUUACUCGUUGAUCGACCGUUUCCUAACUGGAAAAUCAGCUCCAAGUACAAGUAGCUCCCAACUAGUUGAGGCUCACCGAAGUGCGAGCAUCCAGGAACUCAAUAAGCAACUAACAGAGAUGCUUAAUCAAUUAGAGAUCGAGCGAAAGUACAGCGAGGAAUUCUCCAACUUGCGAAAAGCGAGUCAAGGGAGAUGUUGGUGGGAGGCUCCUACUGAUCAACUUGGUCAAGAUGAACUGGAGCAGUUAAAAGUAGCCAUGGAGGAGCUGAAAAAGAACGUUGCAAAGCAAGUAGAGAAGUUGACCGUUCAAGUCUCCAAUACGAGAGCAUUUCUAGGGGCACCAAGUUCGAAGGGAGGAGGGCAUAAUAGUCCUAGCAAUGUGGUUCAUCAUCAUCCUCCUGAUGUGAAGGUUCCUCUUGGUCUUGGUCUCUCCAUGACUCCUCAAGGGUUUACCCUUGGAUACAGUCAUGGGUUUUUCUGAUCAAAUUUAUUGUUAUUGUUUUUUCUGCGAACCAAUAAUGAAGAUUCGAAGAUAACACACAUAUUUAUCAUGGACGAUAAUUUGGUUCUUUA